GUAGCAGCAGCUCACAUCCAACAGAGAAAUAAUUCAGGCUCAUCCCCCAUCAUGCGUCAGGUGUCAUUUGCCCAUCCCUCGCUGUGCCUUAACUUCCUUUCACCGCUGCACCGCUUCCUCCCCUCACUCCCUCCCACCAUCCGAGAUGUGGAUGUUCUCCCUCUGUUUCGGGAGCGCUUCAUCUUGACGGGGUACCGUCCCACAGGCCUGCCGUGGCGGUGUUACGCCCUCAGCCUGUUCCAGAUCCACAACGAGACUCUGAACGUAUGGAGCCACCUGUUGGCUGCCAUCUGCGUGGCGCUCAGGUUCAUGGUGUUCACCAUCCUGCGAGGAGGGGGAGUCCUGGGUUUUCGACUGCAGGAUCCUGAAGGUCAGGGGUUUUCUGUAGACAUCUCCUCGCUACCUCUGGUCCUCUAUGCUCUCUCUGCUGUCACAUACCUCAGCUGCAGUGCUGCUGCUCACCUGCUGCAGUCCCACUCAGAGCUGGCCCAUUACUCGCUCUUCUUCCUGGACUAUGUGGGCGUGGCCAUCUACCAGUAUGGCUGUGCUUUAGCUCUCUGCCUGUACAGCUCUGGCACCACCUGGAGACAAAGCAUGGUUGGAGAGGUCUUCCUCCCAGCUGCUGCCCUCCUUGCCUGGCUCUCGUGCACCACCUGCUGCUACGCAAAACUUCAUUUCCGCCGCCAGUACCCACUCCACAGGAAGCUCUGCCAGCUGAUCCCGAUGGGUGUGGCCUACCUGCUGGACAUCAGCCCCGUUGCCCAGCGCCUCGCCACCCACAGCUGGACCAGUUGGACCAGCAGACCUGCACUAGCACUGCACUUCCUGCAGGUGGUGCUGUUUCUACUGUCUGCCUUCUUCUUCUCUUGCGCUGUACCUGAGCGCUUUUCCCCUGGCCGCUUUGACAUUAUCGGCCACAGCCACCAGCUCUUCCACAUCCUGCUGUCACUCUGCACACUGGCCCAGCAGGAGGCGCUGUUCCACGACUUCCUGUGGCGGCGGCCAGCGAUGGUCAGAGAGUUUGGAGAAGAGCAUCUCAUGCUGGCCUGCGCUUCCUUCUCCUGUCUCGUGCUGUGCUGUGCCAUGACAGCCCUCGCCAUGAGGCAGCAAGUUCAGGCACAGCUGAUGAAAGAGCAAAGAUAGAAGAAGAAGAAGGAAAAAGAAAAAGAAGUGGCUUCCUGUACCAAA